CAAGAAAUUAUAAGGGGAACAUUUUCCUUUCUUUUCAAAACAUCAGAGUUGAACAACUACUAGUCUAGUAAUCACUCGUCUUGCACUCAGACGCAGACCUUCCUGGACUGUCGCCUUUGUGACUAAUGCAUCUGUAAGUUAGUCUUACCUUGGCUUUCUUUGAAAUGGCUUCGUCCCCAGCGACAAGCGACAAUUUUGAAAAUUUGAGCCUUGAAGAUGAGCAGAAAAGCGACUUGACUGACACUGGCGCUGCUGGCGAGGCAGCGGAGGUUCGCCAAGGCUGUGGGCAGGACGAACCUGCUGUGUUGGUUGCGCCAGUUGCCGACAGCCUCGAGCCAGCUACCUUGUCUGCAUCAGUGGAGCGCUCUCUGGAGCAGACAGUGGACAUGCCAGCUAUUGCAGCCGGUCAUGUGUCACUAUCGCCGGUGGAUGAACGCGAUCUAAUCGUGACUAUAAGUGAGCCCAAGGUUACCAAUCCGGCUACGAAUUACUCUGGUCCCUUUGCCACUUAUGCUGUCACGACCCGGACGACGCGGCAGACUUUUGACAAGACCGAGUACAGUGUCCGUCGUCGCUAUCAAGACUUCAUUUGGCUGCGGGAGCAGUUGGCCUUGACAUAUAGGACACACAUCGUACCACCCCUGCCAGAAAAGCACAGUUUGUCGAGGCUGGUACAGAACGAUCACUUCACGGAAGACUUCCUGGAACGACGCCGUGCAGCACUGCAGAAAUUCUUAGGUCGAUGCACUGACCAUCCAACAAUGUCGUUUGACAGAACGCUCAAUACAUUCCUCAUUGCGUCUGAUCAGGACUUUCAGGCAAUAAAGAAUCAGGGUGCAGGAUUACUCAGCAAAGUUCAGUCAACAGUGGUGCAGGCAGCAACUGCGGUCCUGUUAAAGAAGCCCGAUCCUGAGUUUGUUGCCCUGCAGCAGUACUUUUCCACAUUGGGCAAGCAUUUGGCUGGUAUUGAGUCCUCUGCGCUGGCUGCAUUGCAGGAUGGUCAAGAAUUGAAGGUAGAACUGUAUUCAUUGUCUCAGGUGUGCCAACAAUGGUCUGGUCUUGAAAAGGAGGAUGGCAAGAUGUUGUCUGAACUAGCUGCCUGCUUCCAAGGCAACAGUGAAAUCACAGAUAAAAUGUGCCAAGAACUGUCUUCUGAGUUUUCACCAUUCCAUGAGUAUUUGCAAUACUGUGAAAGUGCACAGGAAGUGCUGAAGCGCCGAGAAGUCUCGCAGAUGGACCAUGACAUGGCAGUGGAAGAAUUGCAGAGUCGACAGGUGGCUUUAGAUGAGGCGGAGUCUGCCGACAUGAGCAAGUCACUGAUGUCGUUUUUCAGUGACCCAACGAAACUCAAACAAGAGAAAAUUGAACAAGCACAAACAGCGCUAGAAGCGGCACAAAAGGCAUCAGAGCGCACCAAUGAUGACAUGGAGGUCAGCAACGAACACUUGCGUGCUGACAUGACGCGCUGGGAAAAGGUCAAGAAGUCGGACCUGGCGGAAACAUUUGUCAAUGUGGCAGAUGUACACAUCUCACAUUUGCAAAAGUCUCUGGACUUGUGGACAGGAAUGUUGGAAUCGCUGGAAAAGGACACGCCAUCCAGUGCAAGUGCCAGUGCCAGCGGGAGUCUGGCGUCAGCGUAACCGCUCCCACUGCUUCUCUACAUCAUGAUAUCUGCUCUAUCUACUGAAUCUACUUCUUUGGCGCACCCUGCUACCAUGUUGGAUAUACAGAACUGGUUUUGUAGCACCACAUCAAUGAUUGUCACACUCCGCAUGGUCAAUGGCUGUCGCACACCGCCCCAUCAAUGGUUAUCACACUCCGUCGACCACAUUGGCUCCGGCGUUGCACCUACUACCCUAGGCUGUUCCUGUACCCGCACUGUUUUACUGUUUUACACCUAUAUGCAGCCACGUGUAGAUGUGUGUUUAUAAUUUUUUGAACUAUUUUCGCCUUAUUCAUAUGUCAGUCGCCCUGGGCCGCGCCCGUGCUCUUCUCUCAAUUGGUUUGCUUCUGCUCUUCUGGUGGAACAGGUAGAUGAUAUUCCUCUCGUCUACCGAGGCCUAUCUCCAUUUUUAUACUAAUGAUCGUGUAUAUAAUCCCUCCCUGCUUCA